UCUGUCAUUUUCCUUGGUAUCUUUGAGACUUUGAUAAAAAGAAUUUUCAAAAAAAGCAUUCGUAUAUAAAAAAAGGAGGUGCAAAUGAAGUUAGAUUGUUACACCUGCCAAAUAAUGCAAUGUAACUUUGUGACUCAGGAUAGCCAUAACACGCUGAGACAUUUAAGUAUUAUUCACUUGAAAGACGAAAACUUUACUAGCCCUUGUCUGAACACAACUGAUUGUUUUCACAAAGCGAACUUCAAAACAUUAAGUGGUCUCAAACAGCAUUUAAGCAAAUUUCAUCCGUUGUUUUUUUCCGUUUCUGGAAAUGUGACAGAAGCAAAUUCAAAUGGCACACCCAGUGAGCAAGGUGGCAUGGGAUGUGUUGCCAACUCAGAUGACGUUGACUCACCAGACAUAAGUCUUGAAACAAUCUGUGAUGAUGUUGCUUGUUUACAAGCUCCAACUAAUGAUUUACGUUUGCUUGCUGGAGAUUUUGUUCUAAAUCUUUUGGCAGAACAAAAGAUGACACAAGUUGACAUAAGUAUAUUAUGGAUGAGGGGACCAACCUACUGAAUGA